GGUAUUUGGUGUGGUAUUUGGUGUGUGGUAUUUGGUACGUAAGUUGGACGAGCGAAGAGGUGGUAGGAAGAGCAUAAAUAACCCUCGUUUCCCUUCUUCUUGAAUCUGUACACUCGCAGACACAAUGUUUUCUACUACUUUUCUCGCUUUGGGCUGGGCUGCCGUUGUUGCAGCUCAUGCAGGACAUGAUCAAGAGUCCAUGUCUGGACCUCAUCAGUCGUUGUGGUACAAUGCACUCCCUGGUGAUGGUGGCACCCAGGCCGACUCUGUCUUUUCCGGCAUCACCACGUUUGGACGUCUGCCAUACUUGCCUUGCCUGAGCCACAGUGAUAUCAAAUAUGAUAUUGCUUUUAUUGGCGCUCCUUUUGACACUGGCACGUCGUACCGACCUGGUGCUCGGUUCGGACCCUCUGGUAUUCGACAGGGAUCUCGACGACUCAACCUUUAUGGAGGAUACAAUGUCCCUCUCGCCACAAACCCUUUCAACAGCUGGGCCACUGUCCUCGACUGUGGUGAUAUCCCAGUCACUUCCUACGACAACACCUAUGCCCUUCAGCAGAUUGAAGAAGGCCACUACAGCAUCCUGUCUCGUGCCCCGAUGACUGAUGCAUUCAAAAAGGGACCCGCCAAGAAGGAAAAGACGCUGCCUCGAGUCAUUACUCUUGGUGGAGACCACACCAUUACCCUUCCUCUUCUUCGAUCAAUCAACCGUGCCUAUGGACCUGUGUCUGUGAUUCAUUUCGACAGCCAUCUGGAUACUUGGAAACCCAAGGUCUUUGGUGGUUCGCCCUCCAACGUCGCCAGCAUCAACCACGGCACCUACUUCUACCAUGCCGCUAUGGAAGGCCUGCUCGCCAACGAUACCAACAUCCACGCCGGUAUCCGAACCACCCUUAGCGGACCCAGUGAUUAUGACAACGACGGCUACUGUGGCUUUGAGAUUGUCGAGGCCCGAGACAUUGACACCAUUGGCACUGACGGAAUUAUCGAGAGAAUCCUCAAGCGCGUCGGCACCACGAACCCUGUCUAUCUGUCCAUUGACAUUGACACUCUGGACCCCGCCUUUGCCCCUGCCACUGGUACUCCCGAGACUGGUGGAUGGUCUACCAGAGAGUUGAGGACCAUCAUCCGAGGACUGGAGCACCUCAACCUGAUUGCCGCGGAUAUUGUGGAAGUUGCACCCGCAUACGACACCAACGCCGAACACACCACCAUGGCAGCAGCCGAUGUUCUCUUCGAAGUCAUGAGCAUCAUGGUCAAGAACGGACCUCUUAGCAAGAGGCUGGAGGCAGAUGGUGAGCUGUGAGAGCCCAGCAAUGUUCAUUAGUCAUAAAUACGCUCAAUACAGGCUAUUGCAACAUCCCACGAUCAAACAGCUCCUACUCAUGAGUCGUGCA